CUUGAUUGGUUAACACCAACCUGAAGCGUGCGCACGCAUCAGCUAAAGGUAAGAGGUUCAGCAUCAACCAAACCUAUCGUGUGGACAACAAGUUGACCCUGAGGGACUGGAAAGUUGGUAACUUUUGCAUGAAAUGCCCGCUUCGUCCCUCUCACUCGACGAAGGUGAAGUAAGGGAAAUAAUACACGAUUUACUCAGUCACAUUUUGGAGAAGAAUGGUUUUAAUAUCGAGAACUUUAUACCGAAUUCCUCUCCAGAUAUUAAACUUGUCCAUGUUCGUCAAACUGUUGAUGCUCUUAUCGAAGACUCGAGUGAACUUUUCUACAAUUUAGGAGAGCAAUUACAUUUGAACUCUGACAACAUUCACGCAAUAUUUUUUGGAAUAUCUGAUGAGAUUUUCGUGACAGGCAUAAAUUGGGGAAGAAUUGUUGCGUUUUUGGCUUUUGGUGGUACCGUUGCCGUGCAUUGUGCGAGCGAUACAGAACUUUGUGAUAUUUUAAAUGAAAUUCCAACAUGGAUGACCGAUUAUGUGGAAGGCAAUCUACGACAGUGGAUUGAUGCUCAUGGAGGAUGGAAAGGAUUUGUGACUUUUUUCAAAUUAUCUGGAGCUAAUGGUCAACUUGAUUUGAAAAACUGGAGUCUUUUUGCUCUUUUUGGCUUUAGUAUUGGAGCAUUACUUGUCUUUGCCACCAAAAAUAUUCCACAAUAUUGAAUAAAGUGCAUUCUAAAAGCUUGAAAGUGUAAGGUAUUUUUGCUGGAUAUGUGUGGGGUCUGUUUGUUGAUACUUUUACAUUAACAAGUAUUUUGCUUUCUUAUCAUUUUAAUGAAGUCAGCCACUGAAAGUACCUGCUUAUGGCAUAGUGUAACCUACCCAUUCACUGAAAAGAAUUUGCAUUCUAUUUUUGACAAUUUGAAUUGUUUCAUUUUAGUUCUAUUCAAGCAAUUUGAUGAAAAUAUUGUUAGUUAGUUUUUUCGCAGACAUGAUUGCCACAAGCUACAUUAUAACCUGCUAUUUAGAAGUGCAAUGGUCAUAUUUGCUUUGCCUAUCUUUGUAUAUUUACUAAAUAGAAAUUAAAAUACAGUUGAGUCUUGAGAGUAUGUUAUAAGUGGCCCUAACAAGCAGCUACUUUGAUUAAUACUCUUACGAUAAGAAUUCAUUAUAUUAAGAUAAAGUACAGGCUUUUUGAAGAUUAUAUUUAAAAGAAUUUAUAUGUAUUGUCAGUAUACAAACCUAUUUACAAUGUAUGCUACUAAGCUAGAUACUGUUAUCGCAAGAACUUUUUGCAAAUGAAGUACAUUUUGAUAAAAAUUAUUAUGUUGAUUGAAAUUA